CCGGCGCUGGGUGCCCUGGGCGCAAUGUUUACGGCAAUGAGGCUUCUGCAGGCAGUUUGUCUCAUUACAAUCAUUGGCCUUAGUGGAAACUUCGUCGCGGAGCUGGUCUCUACUUCGGUUUCUACCCCAUCUGCCCUGAUUGGCACACUGGUUGUGGCGUGUCUGGCUAUGGUGUACAUCAUCAUCUCGUACAUCCUUUACUGGGACCAUAUGCUUCCUCUCCUCAUUGCGACCGCAGCAGACGGUCUAUGCUUCAUCGCAUCCAUUGUCGUGGCUUGUGUUGUCGGCAGGCCCGUGAGCUAUCUCAACUGCAGCGCCUUUCCCCAGCAGGGAAACACUGGCGCCUUCAUCUACUCGCUCUUUGCCAACGUCAAGCAUUCGUCAUCCGAUGUCUUCCAGUGGGCUGCUCCCAGCAAGGCAUCGUGUUACGAAAUCAAAGCAGUCUGGGGCCUGUCCAUUGCAACCUCCAUCUUGUUCUUCAUGUCAGCCGUCGCGGCCAUCUGCCUAUGGAGGCGCAUCAAGGGAGGGUAUAGCUGCCGUGACGGUUUCUCGGGGGUGCCUCCGACUCCAAAUGUGCUGCGCAAGGCCCGGAGUCUUGGAACGAUGGCCAUGGCAAACAAACAGCACCAGGACAGGAGGUCGCUAUAUGAUAGUAGCGAUGAAGAUCUGGACAUGAACAUUCCUGUUCAGGUUCUCAACGACUCCCAUCCUUAUUUCCCCCCGCUACCCACGGCAGCGAAGAAGACGAAGCGGCCUCGCGUGCAAAGCAUGAAGCGUCCAGUUGAGGAGAUGCCGCCGUUACCGCCUCUGCCACCGGCUUUCGCAGCUCAUAAACCACCACCCAUUCCUCCAUCUCCGCUGCCAUCUUCCAACUUGAGCCCGCCUCCCGCGAGCCCAAUGUCGAUGACUGGGAAGAAGCGCAAGACGCUUCUCCAGCGGAUAGAAGGCUGGUGGGACUUGGGACUGCUGGAAAGGAGACAGACGCUGUUUGGAGCUUCAAAG